ACAGAAGAUGAAGAUGCCACCCAUCCCCUGCACUGUGAUAGUGUUGCUGACGUGCCUGAUUCAGGACCACAUGGGUAUCCAACUAUACUUUCCCCUUUUUUUCUCCAGUUCUGGAGGGACAGCCACUCUGCCUUGUGGUGAUGUUAACUGCUCCUCCACUACAUGGAUUUACCGUCACAGACAGACUUUCGCAGAAAUGGUAUUGGCUAAAAAUGGACACAUCGUCCCAUCAUUCAAAGCUGAGAGACUGAGUCUUGGCCCUGGCUGCUCUCUACACAUUUCUGAUAUCACCUCUGAAGAUACCGGAUACUACGGCUGUGAGGAAAUUCUCACACACUCUCAUACUUACUCUUGUCUGACAGUUCCUCAUGUCUCUGCUUCCCCCCAUGAGACUGAGAUGGAGCCGUGCAGUGUUGUGACUCUCCACUGCCUCCUGUACACACAGGACGACUGUGGAAAAUCCGUGGCCGAUAAGGGAGCAGUUCUCGCCUGGGUGGAUGAAGGACAGAGAGAGCUGAAUAGCACCCCCAAACGCCAGAUCAUAACUACAUCUGCCUGUAACAUCACGCUGAUGGAGAAGCUCACAGAUACAAACCCUUGUCUUGCUCAGAGGACAUGGAGAUGCCAACUGACUGCAGGAGAGCAGGUUCUGGCUUCUGCCAACCACACCGUCAGAGUGAAAGGUUAG